AUGGAGAAAAAAGGGAAGAGAGCUGUGAAAGAAGAGCUUUACGGAAUAAUCGAGACACGCAACAUAGAGUAUGUUCAAUAUGGUGUUUCUUUGCGGUUUCCUACUUGGUAUGGAAGCACAGCGUAUUUCCAGCAAACAACGCGACAUUUGGGGCUAAGAGACUCUGAUGGACGACGAUCUGCGGGCGAUGGAAUCGAUGAAAAACCUAAGAGUUCCAGAAACGUGCCGGAAUCCUCGGAUUUCUGGCUCGAAACACUUUGUGUGUGUGAAUACUGUUUCAAGUACACGGAUGAUCCAAAUGAGUUGAAAAAGCACUCUUCACAAUGCCGGUUUCGUUCGAAAUCCCCCGGCAGAAUCCAAUAUCGCACGCCGGAGAUCAGUAUCCGGAAAGUAUCAGGUUCCCGCCAUCCGCUCUUCUGUCAAUGUCUGUGUCUUUUCACAAAACUGUUCCUGGAUAAUAAGUCGAUGUACUUCAAAGUUGACCAUUAUGAUUUCUACAUUGUCUACAGUAACCAAACCCACAAACCGAUGGCAUUCUUCUCCAAAGAUUUAACGUCGUUCCAAAAGCAUAACUUGGCAUGUAUUUUGACCCUUCCGCCGUACCAAAGAAAAGGAUUGGGUACGCUAUUGAUGGAUUUCUCCUACAAGCUAUCUAUUCAUGACGAUAUAAUGUCUGGCCCGGAACAGCCACUUUCUCCCUUCGGACUAGCUGGCUACUUGAAAUAUUGGUCAACUUCGAUUUGUCUACAAUUUUUAGAGGGUUCGUUGCAAGGGAAAAGCCGCGUGAGUCUAGAGGACAUCUCAAAGGCGACAGGAAUGCGUCUAGGCGACAUCUUGCUGACGCUUCGUAACCUCAAUUGUCUAAGCGAGAAAAAUGAGAUCUCGCUGCAAGAGCUCCGACUGUGGAUGAAGCAUCACAGACAACACACUCACGCAUUCAUUGAUGACGACUAUUUGAUUUUGGAUGACUGA